GUAGACGCUGGGUUGGGAUGUGUUGACGCUGGCCUGCGUUGCUUUUAUAAACCUCGGCUUAUAUACAUAUAUAUAUCACUGAAAUUAAUUUAAUAAAUACAUGCCUGCCAAGUUGAAGAAUUUAACUGUUAAUUAAGAUCAUUAUAAUGCGGUUUUAAUAUUGACCAAUAAUUUAUAUACGAAGCGUACAAAUUUUGUGUCCGAAAUACAUGGGCGCGCUCCGUCUUCCGUAGCAAGUGAUAAUUAUAAUAUUUAAUGUGGUAUUCAUUGGUAAGGCGGCUAAAAGCUCUACUUACGGGUGCCCUCCCACAACUGCGGUAGAGACCGGUACUUUUGGCUGCUGGGUACCCACCCAACUUGCCCGGUUCACCCCUCCAUAGAACUUUGUCAAUGGGACAUAAAGUUCUUAAAAAGCCCCGUUCUACUGUUCCCGGUCGCCACUACGCCUUUUAAAUGGAAUUACCCGAGCAAUUUCAGGAGUCUGAUAGAAGCAACAGCAAGAGAGGGCGUAAAUUAGGUUUAGUUUUGGUGGGCCUUACAGGCGGAGCUGCAGUUGCCCUGAGUGUCAUUGCUGCACCAUUCGUAACUCCAGCACUUAGGAAGGUUUGCCUACCUUAUGUUCCAGCAACCAAUGAGCAAGUCAAUAAUGUUUUGAAAGCCCUAAGAGGUCGCUCGGGGAGCUUAGUUGAUCUUGGGAGUGGUGACGGACGAAUUGUGGUUGCUGCUGCACGUGAAGUAAAAUUGAAAGGUGUGGGAGUAGAAUUAAAUCCUUGGUUGGUUUGGUACUCUCGUUGGGCAGCUUGGAGAAGUGGAGUUUCAUCUUCAGCGUCUUUUAUCGCACAAGAUUUGUGGAAAUUAAACCUCAAGCAAUACCAAAAUGUUGUUAUCUUUGGGGUUGAAGAGAUGAUGCCUGCCCUGGAAUCCAAGUUGGUGCAAGAGCUACAACCAGAUGGCUGCGUUAUUGCUUGUCGCUUUCCUCUUCCAUCGUGGAAACCAGUUGUUACCUUUGGGGAUGGUAUCAAUACAGUGUGGCUUUACACAAGACCUGGAAUAAGUUACCUUAAAAAUGAAAUAAACAAUAAUGUGACUCACGAUGAUACCUGAUUAAAAAUAUAUAUAUUGAAAGGUGUACAGUACUAACUUAAUAAAUAUAUUGAGCUUUAA